AUGAAAUUAGAAAUAGUCAAGCGUACAUUCAACUAUGCAGUGAUCAACAAACCAUCAGGAUUAAUCUGCGCCGCCAGGGGACCGAAUAACAUUGUUGAUGCAGUUUCAGAGGAGUUCAAACAAUUUCUUCCCACAGUUAGCUCAUCGCAAUUCAGAAUUGUACAACGACUCGAUAGAUUUGUCACUGGGGGAUUACUUAUUGCUAGAAACAAAAAGUGGGCCGAUAAAGUUCGCAAGUCAUUCUAUGGUGGUGGCAACCUAAAACUCAUUAGAAGAUAUGUGGGUCUCAUCCCUCUUACCAAUAUACCCAAGAAAACCAAAGGAGUUAUUGAACACGAGAUUGAGGCACUUGAAAAGGACUACCGGGGAAAACACGAGCCCAGAAAAGUGCUAAAGUAUACUGCAAAGACACAUUAUCAGUUAUUACCAGCUUUGGCACGGAAACUCGAAGGUGAUUAUCCCGUGUUUCAACAAAGCCAAGUUGUCCCGGCUAUAUUCCAGUUGGAAACCGGCAGAAAGAACCAAAUCAGAGACCAUGUGUUACAAGAGUUUGGAGUUACGUUAUUAAAUGACGACAACUUUGUUGAUUUUAAGUUUAAUUCGGAAGAGCCAAAGAAUGUGAAUAGUACGAUCUUCAAAAACAACCAAAUAGGGCUUCAUUCGGGAUUAUUGAUUAUUGAAAACAAUGGUGUUUCAGAUGAAAUACUUUUUCCUGUCAACGAAGUGAAUGACAGAGAGUUGUGGAGUACAUUUCUUAAUGACAACGGAGAAUUUAUUAGCCCGAUACGUAAUGCUUUAUUGAAUUUUGAUUAUUAG